AUGCUACCUUUCCUCUCCUCCACCCACUCCCUCCGCAACCUCAUCGGGGGUAUCGUAAUCCUGUACAUCGUGAUCUCCUCCUACCACCUCACAAAGACAUGGCGACACCCCACCCGCCCAGACCUCACGUUCAAGCAAGACAGCAGCAUCGACUGCGCCCCCUUCCCCUCCCCUCCCAACCUCGUCCUAUCCGUCAAGACCGGAGCCACCGAAGCCUACGACAAGCUCCCAACCCAACUCCUCACCACUCUCCGCUGCGCCCCCUCCCCCCUCAUCUUCUCUGACCUCGAGCAACACCUCGGCCCUCACCACCUCGUCGACGUCCUCGCCUCCCUCCCGCCCUCCAUCACCGACAACAACACCGACUUCGACAUCUACUUCAAACAGAAGGAGUACGCCUCCGCCCACCGCGACAUCCGCCCCCUAUCCACCCUCCCCGACGCCCGCGCCGACUGGCGCACCGCCGGCCACAACGCGGCCUGGGCGCUCGACAAGUACAAGUUCCUGCCGAUGGUCAUGGCGGCGUGGCAAUCUUCGCCUGAUCAGGACUGGUACCUCUUCACCGAGACGGACAGCUAUAUCUCGUGGGCCAAUCUUGGACGCAUGCUGGGGCAGUACGACCCGGCGACGAUGCUGUAUCUUGGCAACCCCGUGCGCUUGAGCGCUGAGGUGCCGGAGAGGGCGUUCUAUAUGGCGCAUGGCGGGAGUGGGAUUCUGCUUUCGGGAGCGGCGGUGAGGGGGUUUGCUAAGGCUUUCGGUGAUGAGCGUAUCGCGGAAAGGUGGCACGCUAGAGCUAAAGACAUGUGGUAUGGGGAUUUUGUGCUCGCGGCUUUUUUGGACGAGGAGCUGGAUCUGCAGAUCACGCCUGCGUGGCCGAUGAUGAGUCGCGAGACGCCGCGCACGGCUGUGUAUGGUAGGGAGACGUGGUGUGAGCCGGUUGUGGUGCUGCAUCAUGUGCGGCCGGAGGAGGUUAGUGGGGUGUGGGAUUUUGAGGUGUCGCGGUGGAACGACGGGGUGCGGGAGGCGCCGCUCUUGCACGAGGGGCUUUUCAAGGCGUUUGUGGCGAGUGAGGACCUGGGAGCCAGAAGAGACGACUGGGACAAUAUGAGCGGGGAGCGGAGGUUUGCGGUCCCGCUGCCGCCGUCUGCCAAUACGUCGGCCACGGAACCGGACCCGGUCACUUCGGUCGAGGCUUGUGGGGAAGCGUGUGAGAUCCAGGAAGAAUGUCUCCAAUACACGUUCGUCGCAGUCAACACGACUGACAUUGGGACGUGCUGGCUUAGCAGCGUCAUAAGGAUAGGCGAGGCGAAGCCAGCUGAGCCGGUUCAGGACAGAGCGGAGAUCAGAUCGUGGCACAGUGGAUGGAUCGACAGGAGGAUCAAGCGCUGGGUUUCCGAGCAGAGUUGCGAUGGGGUGCCGUUGAGUUGGAAAGGCGAGUUGCCUCCGCAGUGA